GGAUGGAGGAAGAGGUAGAGGAGCCCAGGAGGAGGAGCAUGCCGGUGGAAAGGAAAUCCAUGUGGAAGACAGCCGAGGAGCGGCGCUUGUCCGACCUUACCCGUGUGCUGGAGUGGCUGGAGCGGAGGCAGGGCAGGAGGCAGCAGACCCUGCAGAAGCAGAAGAACAAGACGGAGAUGCCCCCAAAAACAAAUGAGAAGGAACAAAAGAAAGGCAAAGGUGUCUUGAAACAAAAAGGAGGCACCCGUAAAGUCUCAGGAACAAAACAGAGGAACGAGAGCCCCGUCACCACCUACAGGCUCUAUAGCUUCGACCAGAAGGGAAAACGCUUCAGCCUAGUCUCUGGCACCUUCUCCAAGGAGAAUACCAAGAAAUCCGAACUUGACAUCAAGGAUGCCAUCUCCCUGGAGUCCACUCAGCGGCCAAACCCAUUCCGUCGGCAGAGCAGCAUCCUAGACCCCUUUUUACAGGAUAGCACGUUUAGCAACCGGAGAACAACCCUCUUGAGAGACUGGACGAGCAAGGCACCAGACUCCUCUUACGAACGCAAGCUCAAGAGCCUCAUGGAGAAGGGCAACGAGCCCAAGGUGGAGGCCAUAAAAAUGUUGAAGCCAGAGGAAGUGCUGAGCUGCCGAUACCUGAGGCUAUCCAAAAACAACAUCCGAACCUUGCUGAAACUGUGCCGAGAUGCGGGUCUCAAUGUGGACAUCCACCCCCACAUGAUCGAAGGGGAGAUAGACAUGAAGAAGAUCUUCACCGGCAACCCCAACACAGCACUCUAAGGAGCUCUCUUCUUCCCGCUUCAGAUCCCUCCCGCCCUUGGGACCCUCAAGCACCAGGUGCCACCCUCUAGCACUCAGCACCUGGCCCUUCAGACUCAAU